UGCAUCUCCAUCGGAAAGUGCGCUCGUCACAUCCCUUCGGCCUCCCUGGAGCGUUCUGUCUCCCACCACUUGGAAAGGGAGAAACCUUAGCUGUGAAGUGGUUGUGGAGAGAGCUGGGGAAAGCGCACAAUUGGAUAGGGAGUCAGAGAGCGAGAGCGGGCGUGCCCCUCGCACGAGGAUUGCACUCACCGGCGGGGACGCAGCAUCCCACAGACUGCGGACGCCCCCGCCCCGCUCCACUCCUGCUAGGAGCCGCCAGUCCAGAGGACCUUCCGCGCACUGCGGCCCCGCGGCUGCUGCCGGAAUCCCGGAGCUGCCAGGCGCGCCAGGCGGGUCUCGGCAAACUUUUCCCCAGCCCACGUGUCAGCGGGGCGGCUCGCUUCCCGAGCCCGGGAUGGAGCGCCGCGCCUAGGCACGCCGCACCGCCGGAGACGUUCAAGGAGGAGAGAUGCUGAUCGCGCCAAACUGACCAGCGCAGCCCCUGGGCUAGUGGCGACUCGCCCUCUGCGUUUUCCGCAGCAGCGCGGUUGGUGCCGGCUCCUCGCAUGAGCCCUCUAGUUCCCUGACUUUGAGAGGCGUCUCUCCCCUGCCCGACCGCCCAGAUGCAGUUUCGCCUCUUCUCUUUUGCUCUCAUUAUCCUGAACUGUAUGGAUUACAGCCACUGCCAAGGCAACCGAUGGAGACGCAGUAAGCGAGCUAGUUAUGUAUCAAAUCCCAUUUGCAAGGGUUGCUUGUCUUGUUCAAAGGACAAUGGGUGCAGCCGAUGUCAACAGAAGUUGUUCUUCUUUCUUCGAAGAGAAGGCAUGCGCCAGUAUGGAGAGUGCCUGCAUUCCUGCCCAUCAGGGUACUAUGGACACCGAGCCCCAGAUAUGAACAGAUGUGCAAGAUGCAGAAUAGAAAACUGUGAUUCCUGCUUUAGCAAAGACUUUUGUACCAAGUGCAAAGUAGGCUUUUAUUUGCAUAGAGGCCGUUGCUUUGAUGAAUGUCCAGAUGGUUUUGCACCAUUAGAUGAAAGCAUGGAAUGUGUGGAAGGAUGUGAAGUUGGUCAUUGGAGUGAAUGGGGAACUUGUAGCAGAAAUAAUCGCACGUGUGGAUUUAAAUGGGGUCUGGAAACCAGAACACGGCAAAUUGUUAAAAAGCCUGCAAAAGACACGAUACCAUGUCCAACCAUCGCUGAAUCUAGGAGAUGUAAGAUGGCCAUGAGGCAUUGUCCAGGAGGGAAGAGGGCACCCAAGGCGAAGGAGAAGAACAACAAGAAAAAGAAGAGGAAGCUGAUAGAAAGAGCUCAGGAGCAACACAGUGUCUUCCUAGCUACAGACAGGGCUAACCAGUAAAAGACAAGACACGUAGGGUGGAUUUGGGGGCAGGGGUUUGUGUUUGCAAAAGUGCACAAAGCUACUCUCCACUUCUGGACACUGGUGUGCGGCAUUGGUGCUGCUCAGACCAGUGUCUGUUCCCAGUAACAUUGUGAAAGGAGGAGCCAUGAGCGUGGCCUGUUAUUUAUGCUUUGAUUUGCAUCUGGAGACUGUGAAGCCAGGAGCCCCUGGCCUGAAUCAGUGAAAGCAGGAGGAAAUGUACAGCGUGAUUUGGCUCG